AUGGCAAACCAGGCGGGAACCAGGAUGGCGGCGCAAGAGCGGCUUUCGCAGGUUACGGACCAUCUGAAGGCUUCUGAGGCUGAUAUCCCUACGGGGAGGGAAGCGUUGUUGGAGAAGCAUCCAGAUGAUAUCGUCGUAACCUGCGCCCUCCGCACCCCCAUCACAAAAGGCGGCAAGGGCUCCUUCAAGGACACCCCCGCAGCCGACCUCCUCCAUGGCGCAUUUGUGAACCUGGUCUCACGCUCUGGGAUCGACCCGGCCCUCGUCGAGGAUAUCGCGGUCGGGUCCGUCCUCCCCCCGGGCGGCGGCGCAACAGAAUUCAGGGCCGCUGCGCUCGCGGCGGGCUUCCCGGUCACGACGGCGGUGAAGAGUCUCAAUAGGCAGUGCAGUAGUGGACUGCAGGCGUGUGUGGAUGUCGCGAAUAUGAUCAGGGUGGGCAUGAUUGAGGUGGGGAUUGGGGCCGGGGUGGAGAGUAUGAGCAGCCAAUAUGGCCCCGGCGCCGUCACCGAAUUUAGCCCCCUCCUUGAGUCCGUCCCGGAGUCCGCAAACUGCAAAGUCCCCAUGGGCGUGCUCUCCGAAAAGAUGGCCAAAUCCAAAAACAUUCCCCGCACGAAACAAGACGCCUUUGCCGCCUCCUCGUUCCAGAAAGCCGAGGCGGCCCAGAAAGCAGGCCUCUUCGACGAGGAGAUCGCGCCCCUGACCGUCAAGUGGACCGACCCCAAGACCGACGAGGAGAAGACGAUCACAGUCUCCAAGGACGACGGCGUUCGGCAGGCUAUGACCGCGGAAUCGCUCGCGAAGAUCCGUCCCGCCUUCGCGAAGGACGGGAGCAUUCACGCGGGCAACGCGUCCCAGAUCUCGGACGGCGCGGCGGCUGUCCUGCUCAUGAAGCGCAGCACCGCCCUCCGCCUCUCGCAGCCUAUCCUGGGUAAACUCGUGACAGCCUCCGUCGUCGGCGUCCCGCCUCUCCUCAUGGGCGUGGGUCCCGCAGCGGCCAUCCCGCCUUGCCUCAAACGCGCCGGCAUCUCAGUCGCAGAUGUGGAUAUCUGGGAGAUCAACGAGGCGUUUGCGAGCCAGUGUCUGUACUGUGUUGAGGAACUGGGGAUUCCGAUAGAGAAGGUGAAUCCGAAGGGCGGGGCCAUUGCGUUUGGGCAUCCGCUUGGGUGCACGGGGGCCAGGCAGGUUAGUACACUGUUGUAUGAGCUUAGGAGGAGGAAGGAGAGAGUGGGCGUGACUAGUAUGUGUGUCGGGACCGGGAUGGGGAUGGCGGCUGUGUGGGUGGCAGAGUAA